UUUAACAGCCACAGUUGGCUCUGGUACUCUGGUCUGUAAUGCAAAGGUACGGUAGAAAGGGGAAGUGUUACGUCAAUGUUUAACGCCCAAACGAUUGUUUUAGCGCUUUCGCUUCACAAUAGCCUUGGGCGUUAGUUUUAUUUGUGUUGUUGAGCCUGCUAAACGUCAAUUAUUCAUUUAUUCAUUCAAUCAAGUGCUUGAUAAAUAUCUGGUCAUGUACGGUCACAUUUUGUCAUAAUUGUUAUGCUUUUAAAGUAUUUACCACUAGAUACAUUUGUGUGCUAGGUUGAAUGGAAGGCUCCUUACUAUAAUCUUUUAAGAUUAUAGAUUUGUUUUUCCAAGUCACAUUUAGUAGGUUUUAUAUUGGUUUAUGACUUUAUAUACAAAGUAAGGACCUUCUAACAUUCUUUUUGUAACAGCCACUUACAAAAUGUUGGGUAUAAACUCAUGGCACCAGUGUAGCAUUUUCAUAUGUCUGUAUGUAGGCUACAUGUUUUAUAUUUUCAACCGAAAGUCCUUCUCAUUUGUAAUUCCUAACAUUGUUGAGACCGAUGGUCUAAACUCUGGCGAUGUGGGUACAAUUCUCAGUGCCCAAGCUGUGGCCUAUGGCAUUGGAAAGUUUGUAAGUGGCAUGCUGGUUGAUCGGUUUAGUGCUACUAAACUGUUUUGUGCUGGUCUUUGUCUAUGCGGUGCAUCCAACAUUUUGUUCAGUGUUUCACCACCUGGGUACUUCAGUGUUUUGUGGUUUUUCAAUGGAUUGGUUCAGGGACCUGGAUGGCCAUCAUGUGCCAUAAUGCUGAAAAAGUGGUUUUCUCCAGCUGUAUUUGGAACACUUUGGAGUUCAUUGAGCACAUCUAUGAAUGUUCCAGCAAGUUUGGGGCCAAUUGCUUGCUCAGUAUUCAUUGCAUGGUCAAGUGGGUCUUGGAGACCUGUCAUGCUAUUUUUUGGGGGUGCUUCCAUCUGUGUCUCAUUUGGAUCACUCUUUGUACUUAAAGACAGACCAGAAGAUGUUGGUCUGACUUUGGAAAUGCUAACAGGUGAGAAGAAGAUAGCAGAAGAUCAAAAGAAGAAUAAAGAGUCUACAAUGACCAAAUCAAAACAUUCCACUUGGUCAAGAAUUUUAUCUAGUCCUUACACUUAUGUGGUCUGUGGUGGGUUUCUUGUGAGUCUAAUAAUCAAAGGAGUCGUGUGUGAUUGGGGCUCUUUGUAUUUGAUACAGGAAAAACAAGGAGACCAGUUCCUGACAGGUGCCUUUUUGGGAACUUUAGAGUUGGGUGGUGUUAUUGGAAGCAUAGCUUCAGGUUACUUAAGUGACGUAGCUGUUGCAAAGAUAGGAAUUAAGCAAAUUGGGCAACCAAGGCACUUUGUCCUCUUUGUGCUAUUCCCACUUCUGUUCUUAUCUAUGUAUGCAUUGCGUGUAAUUGUGACAGACUUGCCCAGCCAACAAACCUUUGUCAAUGGACUUGGAUUUGUCCUAGGAUUUUGUAUGUAUGGUAUCAUCAGCCUUGUUGGAGUACUGGCUUUGGAAAAUUCUGCAGAUGACAUUGCAGGCACCACACAUGCUUUUUGUGCUCUCUUGGGGAACGUUGGACUUACAUUGGCAGGUUUACCAUUCUCUGCGGUCAUGGAAUACUUAUCCUGGAAUGGCGCCCUACAACUCUGUGAACUUUCCAUUAUUAUUUCGUUUCUUUUGUUUGUUUUCGCCCAACGAUCAAGUUGUCGUAUUGGCGACCAGAUCAAAGAAGACUAGCAAAAUUUUAAAUGAUUUACUGUGUUUUGAGCUUAGUUGUGUUUUCACAUUGCCUGUGUAUACGUAUAUGGUUUUAAUGUGCAAUUGAAUAUUUAUUUAUUCUAGUUUUAAUUUUCUGUUACUAAGACUGAACCUCGUAAAUGUAAUUAAAUGUAUGCAGCCUUAAAAACUGUUUACACUGUUACAUCUUCAGAUAGCACUUGAACUGUGAGACUCUUGUACACGAUGAUGGAACGCCUAUAUUUAAAAUAAAAAUAAGCCGUGUUGAUAAACUA